AUGAUUAAAGAAAUCAAAAUUACAUUUUUAGGCAAUUCUGGGGUUGGAAAGAGUAGCAUUGUAAAGCGUUAUUGUUUUGAAGAAUUUGAUGAACACAAUCAAUCAAAUUUAGGGGCAGAUUAUGUUCCAAAGGAAAUGGAAUAUUAAAACAAUAAAAUAAAGUUAUAAAUAUGGGAUACAGCUGGAUAAGAGAAAUUCAGAUCUUUGGUUCCUCUUUUUUUAAGAAAUGCUCAAGCGGUAAUCAUUGUUUAUGAUAUAACAUAAAAAUCAUCAUUUACUUAAUUAAAAGAGUGGGUUUCUAGUCUUGAAUAAAUAUGUUCAAAAAAUUAACUUUUUUUCCUUGUUGGUAAUAAAUGUGAUUUAAUAGAAUAAGAAUAGGUUACAUAUGACGAAGCUAAGCAAUAUUCAUAUGUACAAUAACCAUAUAUUUAGAAUCUUAAAGCACCCCUCCAAUAUACAAGUUGCAAAAACAAUGAAGGGAUUCAAGAACUAUUUCAAAAAAUUGUAGAGGAAUAUUUAAAAUAAGAAGAGGAAUUAAAAAACAAAGAAUUACUAAUAAAUGAGAAAUAAAAUAGUAAAUUGAAAGUUGAAAAAAAGAACUAUUCUACCUGUUGUUGA